GGGAGUGCGCACGAUGUGCGGGCCGCCUGCUUGGCAGCUAGUCUCCAGCGCUGGCGCUGACGGAGUCUCCGGAGGCGCACUUCCUUGGCGCCCGCAGCCUGCGAGGCGUCGUGCAGAGCGGCUGCCUGUGAGCCGCGCGAAUUCAGAUGGCCGGCCGGGGCGCGGGCCCAGGCGGGCACGGGCGGCAGGCGGGGGAGGCGAGCGGCAAAUGGAUCGCGCGACGUGUGGGCAGCAGCGGCAACAGCGGGAAGGAGGGGACGAGCAGCAGAGAGGCAGAGAGCGGCGUGUGGAUUCGACCGCGUGGACCCCGGUGCCGCCAGUCGGUCUUCGGCGCCGUGCGGCGGCCCUCGGGCAGCCUGCGGCGCAGAGGCUGCACGGCUGCGGGCAGCACCGAGGCACGCGGCCGGAGGCCCACCCGCCGCCCCCGCGCGAGCAAAUUCGUCGCCCGCCGGGGCGCCGCGCGCUCGUGGCGCGGCGCGCUCGCGGCGGGUCAGGGCGGCCGUCGGGGCGCGGGCAGUCGCCUCGGUCGGCGCCCCAGCCCACCGCCAGGACGGGCUGCAGGGGGCGCCUGGCGCCCUCACGGCCGCAGCGGCCCCCCGGCCUGCGCGAGGAGCUCCCGGCGCUCGGCGCGGCGCUGCCGGGCCCUCAGGAAGGGUGGCGCAUCCUUGGCCUCAGCGGCGAGCAUCGCCGGGUCAUCCUCGAACUUCACCCUCGGGAAUUUGGCCUCCAUUGGAGCGCGGCGGCACGAACGGCAGGGCCGCGGCCGCGCGGCCGAGCACCUCGGCAGCUGCUCGGCCGCGGCUCCGUCGCCUGGCCCGCCGCAGGCCGCCGCCU